AUGACAGAAGAGUUCAUUAGCCGAGUCACAGAUCUUCUGAAUGAAUGUAAAACUACAGAAGCUAUACAGCUUUUGAAAAAAGAUAACCUUAUGACUGAAAAUAGUUUAUGUGAUAUCAUGUCUGUCAUUGUUCCAAAUCUCACGAGUCCUGUGUUACAACAUCACAAAGCUAUGUUCGAUUGCUGUUUAAAUGUAUUGACGUGCUUAAUUGAGAAUUGUGAGCCUGCGAUAGCUAUAAUAGAGUUCCCAAGAUAUUUAAAGCAGGCGAGUGACCAUAUGAAUUUUUGUACCAUUUUGGGUGCAAUACAGACUUGCUUGAUACAGGUAAGAAACAAGAAUAAAACCAUUGAUUGGUACUUUGAUGCAAUCAAGAUAUACCUUGAGGAUUUACCACUGCCAGAUGAAGUUGAUGAUCCAGAAGCAGCUAUUGACAGAAUUAUAAAUACAUAUAAGGCCAUCAUAGUAUUUCUAAAACCAUUGGUGCAAGAGGCAGUAGAUAUCAGUUCUAAGCAGGAAAAAGGAUCUUUACUUGGAAAUCAUCUUUUGAGUUUUUUUAUUUUUCUUUGUGGAAAACCCUUUUGCCGUUUGAGCAAAUACAUCAGUGAAGAAAUAACAUAUAAAGAAAUCGUGGAUAACAUAGUAACACAAGCACUUUAUCUCACUGGGGAUAUAUUAUAUUUUUUAGAUACUGUUAGAAAACGUCAAAAAGAAUCUAUUCAUGUUAAAACGUUACACAAAUAUCUAAAAACAAAUAUUAAAUCUUCUUUAUGUUCUACAAUUUUAGAUUGGAGCCAAAACAUAUCUAAUAUGGCUUAUGCUAAUUUUUACUUUUAUGUAAUUACUCAAGAAAACUAUUGGGUAAAUGCACCACAAAUAUAUAAUUCAUAUUAUAUUCUUGAAACAUGUGCAUACUUUUUCAAAAUACUACUUAGCGAAGAUUAUUCAAUCUCCACUGGAUUAAUUUUCAUGGAAAAUGUUAUAAAACGCAUUUCACUUCGUUCGUUAGAUUCUGAGGUGUUGAGUCUGGAAAUAUACAUAGAAUUGUUUCAACCAAUCAUCAAAGUGAUGAUUUACUCUAAUAAUGAUGAGCAACGAAAGAAGGCAGUAUGCGUUUUCCAAGACUAUAUUGAGAUAUUUAAUAUGGAAGCUAGAUAUAUCAUUAUAUCGUAUUUAUAUGAGGUUGUCGAACAUUCUGGCCUGUUAAGUUUUAUCAUUGGCAUAUUUAAAUCUUCUAUCAUUGAAUGUCUUAAUUCAACUCCACAAAAUCCUCAAUUUCUUAGAAAAAAUAUGGAAUUGUUAUUGAAAAAGAUUUGCAAUCUACCUCAUGGAAGUUCGUCUGACAUAGUGGAAAUAUCAGAUGAAAUCAUUACUGUGCUGAACUUGCUGAGAUUUUUGUUCAUCAGAGAUAAGAACAAUGAGACAGGUAUUUGGAAUAUGACAGAUAUGCUGAAAAAUAAUUAUCUGAAUCCGUUAAGAGAAGGUAUAGCCUUGUGCAGAGCACAUUGGAGAGUGAAGAAAAAAGAUUUGGAGCAACAGAAAAAGGAUUUAGCUAAAGAGCAAGAUUAUAGCAAGCUAAUGAAGGCUUAUAUGGAAGUUACAUUAACUGUUGGUGGCGAACAAUUACCAGUUAUGCCGCUUCACGAAAAGAUUUCUGUCUGUUAUCAAGUGAUAAAUGGUUUAGAUGUAAUGGAAAGUAUUCUUAUACGAGUUAAUGAAUGUAUAGAUAUGACUAAAAAAUUUGUGGAAAAAUCUGAUGAAUGUACUACCUGA